CUUUUCCGAGGGCAGGGGGGCCUUAAAGGAAACCUCUUCGCCUCCCUCCACCGCCAGCCUCCAGCCUGAGCUGCGUUCCACGCCGCCGCAUGUAAGGAAGCUCCUCGCACCGGCUUCGCUCCAGUCGGAGAGAGAGAGAGCGACAGAAAGAGAGAGGGAGAGGGAGAGGGAGAGAGAGAGAACGCCGUCCAAGCUCCGAAUCACUCGAAAGUCGCCGCCGCGGGCACAUGCAGCAGUCGCACUCGCGAACCUGUAGCCGAGAAGCUGGACCUUCGUCUGCGGGAGACGCCGCUGCUUUGAUACGCCGGUUGAUCCUCCGCCGGCACUUGCUCGGAGGUUCUCUCUCGGAGAUCUUCAGGACUGGCUUCAGAAGCAAAGCGACGCAUUGAUUUUCCUCAGGUUUGUCAGAUGAUGGAAGCCUCUAUGUGAAGCUAAACGGGAUUGGGCCUGACUGGUACAUCAAUGGAGAGCUUCAGGAACAGCAGACCAUACUAGGAGGUCAAAAAAAUGCCCAGAAGAAGGCAAUAGGAAACCACUUCUAUGAUGUUGCCCAUAAAACUAUUGUUUUCCGUGAAGUUUGACUUGAAGGAGACUUAGAAGUACAGCUUCUACUUGACAGGAAUGUGGAAGGCAGACUGCAAAGAAGCUGCUAAAUGUACAUAUUCAGCACUUGAAGAAAUUCUCAGGGAAUCUCAAAUCCCAACUGCUUCCAAGAAAGCCAAGGGACUAGGGAUCUGCCAGCCUCUUCCUGUUCCUCAGAGCAAUUGGUGUCAAGGUAUGCCCUCUGCUGCGAUGGAUUACUGGUAGGGAAAUGCCCAAUCAGUGGAAGUUCUCUGCAGCAUGCUGAGGAGACGUAACCUUCUCACCACACUUCUGAUUGCUUUGCCAUGGGGUCUUCUCCUAACUUUGUGGCAUCAAUAUCCAAACACCCGUUAUCUCAGCCUUUUAAGAAAAGAAACAGAUGAAAAUGGCACAGCCAAGUCACUCUUCAAUGGGACAUCUCUAGUGAGGGAGGAUGGGUUUGCAUCAUGCACUCGGCAGCCAGCCAUUGGGACAGCUCCCAAAAUAAUCCGGAACUAUGUGUACUCCAGGCCUCCCCCAUGGUCAGACACAUUGCCUGCCAUAUUUGUGAUCACACCUACCUACACUCGACCAGUACAGAAGGCUGAGCUGACCCGAUUGGCGAAUACUUUCCUUCAUGUACAGAACCUACACUGGGUGGUGGUAGAAGAUUCUCCUAGAAGAACCAAUCUGGUGUCCAAUCUACUGGAGAAAGCAGGGAUCCAUUUUACUCACCUGAAUAUUGAGACUCCUAAGAGUCUGAAAGUAGGUUUGUCCUGGAUUCCAUCUCACACUCCCAGGGGCACAUUCCAGAGGAACCUUGGACUGCAUUGGCUUAGGGAAAGUUUUAGCACCAUGCCAGCACCUGAAGGUGUAGUAUACUUUGCAGAUGAUGAUAACACCUAUAGCCUGGAGCUAUUUGAAGAGAUGCGCUACACAAAGAAGGUAUCUGUCUGGCCAGUUGCUUUUGUUGGUGGUCUCAGGUACGAAUCCCCCAAAGUGAGUCCAGCAGGCAAAGUGGUAGGUUGGAAGACUGUGUUUGAUCCUAACCGGCCUUUUGCCAUCGACAUGGCUGGCUUUGCCAUCAGCAUAAAACUGAUUUUGGAGAAACCACAGGCCAGUUUCAAGUUGGAUGGAGUGAAAGGAGGCUACCAGGAAACUAGUUUAUUAAAGGAUCUGGUGACAAUGGAUGGACUAGAGCCUAAAGCUACCAACUGCACAAAGGUUUUGGUCUGGCACACAAGGACUGAAAGGCCAACCCUAGUUAAUGAGGGCAAACGUGGAUUUACAGACCUAAGGGUAGAAGUGUAGAUAACUUGUUUUUUGCUAUAGUAACGUCUUACACACCUGUCUAUGAUCAGCAGAAUACUGAUGCAACAAUCAAGAAUAACAUCCACAUUUGUGUUUGCAUUUACCAACUUCUAAGUUCUUUAAAAUCAGGGAAGAAAGUAACAAAGCCAAUGUCAUAUUCAAGGCCAUUUGUUCUAUAUUCUAAUCAUUCACUGCACAACUAAGAGGACCUGUUUCUUCAUUGUUAUUUCUGUGUUGGAAGACAUUUUCAAGAACAUAUCCCAUUUGAGUUACAGUUAAGAAAAGCCGAGUUGGAGUAAGGGGCAAAAUUUCUUUUUGCUGGUCCACACAUUUGAAGCUUUGUUUUGCAAUAUGUAUUAAAACAUCAGCUUCUGAAAAUCUGCUCCAAAGAAUGAUAGUUCAAAGAGAACAAUUUCUUGCAUACUACCAAUGAAAUAUUCCACACUAUUGCAAGACAGAGUCACUCUCAGAAUUGCUUAAAACCUCUUUUAGACUUAGGAGUUCUUGUAUGAAAAAAUGUGGGUGGGCAAUUCUUGCUUGGAAGAUCAUGAAGAAGUGUAUUGGAGAAUGAGAUAUGCAUCAGUUCUCUUUUUCAUAUCCAAGCCAAGACCAACUAGUUUGUCUUGAAUCUGAAUGACAAACUGAAGUAGAAAGUUUGAGAACUUCAACAUCAGCAACUCAACAUCAUGUCCCAUGGCUUUGUAGAUAAAUCUUUGUCAUGAGAAAUAGAGACAAUAAGAAGCACUCAACUACUUAGUUUUCAAUUUGUGGACAAUAUAUCACACAGGAACUAGUUAUCAUUUCGCUUUUGGAACUAGGAUAUCUCGCAUAAUUAGUAUUUCUUUGGACCAAUCUAGCAAGAUUUUUCUUUAGACUUUGUAGCUUUGUUGAUAUCUUGCAUAUUCUUAAACUUUCAAUGCAGCUGCAUGAUGAAUUUCAAUAUGUGGAAUGAUACAGAUUCCAACCAAGCCAUGCUUGGAGUGAAUAGACAAUGUUUACUUAUACUGAGCCAUGGAAUCCUAGCUUAAUACAUGUGAAGACAGCAAAAAUCUUUUUAAAAAAAGUAAUACUAAAAAGUGAACAUUCACAAAUAGUAGGAUACCCCUAUCCUUCAUUUUUGAUUGCAAAUACAUUCAUCAAUUGUGAGCAUCAGUUGGAAACAGAAGUGUUUAUUAGCAAUCAACAAUCAUAUCUGUAGAUAACAAAGUGUUGGUAGGUCAUCAGCAAGUGUGAAUUCAAAUGGAAAAGUAGGUUGGGAGAUAUAUGGGCCAAAAAUGUAAUGGCUGGUAAAAGCACAAAUAUUUGUUUUUAUUAAGGCGUGCUAUACUCACUUUAAAAAAAACAUACUUUUGAUGUUUUGUGAUAUGUUAAGUUCUUGCAACUGAAGAAACUGAAGGAAAACAUUUUCUAGCAACUGAGCCAAUUCUGAGUACGUUUCUGAGAUGUGCCAGAAUAUGUCUUUAUUUGUUGACUUAUUUAUAACAUAGGUCUUUUCUGCCUACAGUAUUUCAUUUGUAUUAACCUGGAUUGUCUGCUAUUUUUAUGGAGAAUAUUUUUAUUUCUCUUCCACCCUAUGUUCAUCUGAAACUCAACAGGGAAUUACAAUUUUUCUACUCACUGCUGAAAUGUCAUAUAUAUUCAUGCUCACUGCAUAAUGUCAGGAAAUGACUGGUGUCUCAAAUUAGAAAAAUAAUUAGAAGCAUAAUAAUGUGAAAAUUUAAAGGAAAAAGAGACUGUGGGAGUUAAAAUUGAUAGAAACAGUUUGUCAAGCCUUUCAAUUCUCUUACCAUCUACUUCUUUGCGAGAAACCAAGGAUGUCAUCUCAUAAUAGAAUUCAGUGGCCAGUAGAAUCCUCAGAAGCUUCUAAAAACAUUAUCUGGUUUAAAAAGUAAUUGAAGACUAAUUGUUAGAUCCCACCUUGCAUCUAUUUAUGUUGAUAGUAAGAAGAAAAGUAAAGUAAAAAAUAAAUACUGCCAAAAAGAAAUUUGUUGGCCAUUAUUUUCUUCAGGGCUGUUUUGUUUUUAUUUGUACUUAGCAUAAGAUGCCUUUAUUUAUUACUUAAUAAAAAUUGCUAAAUGACAUUUCAGAUUUGCCUGAAGCAAUAUAAUCUUCAUGAUAAUGAGAUGUAAACUCCCAAAGAGAGAAGGAUCUUUUGGCACCAUAUUGAAGCUUCCAGAAUAGGUCAAAAAUUUCAGCCUAGCCUAUUAGUGAUAUCAAUACUUCACUCCCAUGUGCCCAACUUCCAUGGAAACAAAUAUAUAUACUAAAAUGCAGUACCCGAUCAGAAGAAAUUUGACCACCAGUGAUAAAAUAAUCACGAUCUAUUUGGGCUAAUGGUUCAGUCUUGUAUGCCCUUACUUUGGGGGGAGGGAUUUGGAUUUGCCCAAAGAACCCAGAUGUAGAAAGGCAGAGAGAGGACAAUAUGAAGAGAGUUAGGUGGAAAUGCCAGGAAGGCUAAGAUUCAUGGAAAUCUUCUACUGAGCCACAGAGAAAAAGAAGUAGAACUUGAAAACAGAGCUUCCAAUCUUGCAGCUGGUUAAACAUAUCUCAAAUUCCCAAAGUUCAGUCCUGUCUUGCCUUCCCUUUGUGCAUAUUGAAUGAUUAGCUACAAAAUGAAAAAUAAGAACCGUGUGGCUGAAGAAAAAAGUUUUUUCACUUCUGUUACAACAAGGGAGCAAAUGGAAUUGGUGCAAUGAGUAGAAAGUUACUAGAAUCCUGAACUAUGUGAAGUGUGACCACAGCAGCCUCUGAAGAAUUGUUUAGAAGAGUGUUUGUAGAAUUGCCUGAGAAAUGUGAUGUGAAAGAAUUGAACUGUUUAAAAAGUACUGUACAGAAAAGCUCUGGGGUAUCUCAUGGAGCCAAUGUUCCGAUCCUUGAAUUUCACGAGUUGUUAAUUCUCUGUAUUGUCAGAGAAAAAACAUAACACAAAAAACACACAAUACCAACCAAUACCAAAAUAAGAAAGGGUGUUACCAAGCCACUUUAAUGCUUAUUUAUGUUGGCUAUUGAUACAUUUAGAAUGAAAACAUCACAUGAAGAUAACUGGUAUCCUGUAUCUGUUUUUCUUGCUGCACAUACAUAUACACCCGCACAAAGAUGGAUGGAUAGAUGGAUGCAGGGCUUUUUUUGUCAUAGAACGCCCAUAACAGAGUUCCAGCACCUUUUUUGGAUGGAACCUUGUAGGGUAGGUAA